AUGGAAGGGCUAAUGAAGAAAUACGGCAUCAUACAUAAAGUGGCUACGGCCUACCACCCACAGACAAACGGCCAAGUCGAUAUUUCCAAUCGGGAGAUUAAACGCAUAUUGGAAAGAAUUGUGAAGCCUCAUCCAAAGGAUUGGAGUGCUAAGCUCACCGAUGCAUUAUGGGCCUACCGAAUGGCAUACAAAAUGCCGAUUGGCAUGAACCCCUUUCGGUUGGUCUAUGGCAAAGCUUGCCACUUACCGGUGGAGAUAGAGCACAAAGCAUAUUGGGCCGUCAAGGAGUGCAAUUUAAGUUUGGGAGGGGCCGGAAUAGAGAGGAAGCUACAACUAGUGGAGUUGGAAUGUUUGAGGAUGGUCAUCAAGAAGGAUAAGGAAAAGAAGCCAGCUGCUAAAAAGGCGCCAACAAAGCUGGCCACCAAAGCCACCACGGCUAAGCCCCUCAUCAAGAAGCCAAGGAGCAUCGUCAAUAUUGGUGCACUAGAGAAGGAUAACCCUCCAAGGGACCCAAACAAGUUCCCCAACCGAUACUGCGAGCUUGUCUACCCUAUGAUGAUUGAAAGGAACUAUCACGCGGAGCCUCUUCUUAUCCCUCCGGCUCAUGUUGCUCCAUUUGUGAUGCCCCGCAUUGAGCGGAGGCAAUAG